UCUUCAUAACAAGAAGUUUUUGAGAUCCCCAUUUUGUUGAUUUACAGUUUUCAAUUCUCUGAAAUCGUAAGUUGUUUCAGUCAAUUUUUUCAAUUAUAGAAAAACCCAGUUCAAAAAUCACCUCAGGUUGAAAUCACGAGAUCCCCAUCUUUCUUUUGCCCCAAGUUUUACGUCUUCAGAGCCAUUUUUUUUUCCAUUUUGUUGUUGAUGAUUGAUUUGCAGUUUUGAAUUCUCUAACAUUGUUGAAAAAAAAUGUCGAAGCAGAGAAGCAAUGACAUUGAGAUGAUAGCCGAGAUUUACGGCUAUGGAAGCAUAAUGCCUUUUGGUGCAAUGCAGAGAACCAAUGCGGAGGAGUUGAAUACACAAGAGAAUGAGAUCAAGGGUUUAGGACAGGUUGAAAAUGCAAGGAAGGGUCAGAAACCAGAUGAAGCCAAGUUGCAGGCAGUGGAGGAACACAUGAGCAAAUGCGCUGACGCCCGGAGAUCUAAAAAUUGGAUGACCAUGAGAAAAGCUGCGGAAGCAACUACUUGUGAAGCUGAUGCAUCUCCUAAGCUAUUCGCAUGUCGAGCGGAAGCUCAUUUGAAGCUGUACCAAUUAAAGGAUGCUGAAUUGUGGAUUCGUAAAGCUAGGACGUAUGAGCUAUCUGCCACAGAAUGCCGGUCAAAAAUUUUUGGAAUGCUCUCUGAAGCAUACAUAUUAUUUGUCCAAGCUCAGAUUGACAGCAGUCUUGGAAAGUUUGAUGAUGCGUGUAUUGCCAUUGAAAGAGCUGCACAAAUUGAUAUUCAAAGUGCUGAAAUUACUGGUAAACUCAAAAACAUGAGGCUGGUGGAUAAAGCUCGUACUCAUGGCAACGAGCAUUUCAAUUCUAAAAGAUAUGGACAAGCUUGUAGGGUUUAUGGGGAAGGGCUCUUUCUUGAUUCUUCAAAUUCAGUUCUCUACCACAAUAGAGCAAAUUGCUGGUUUAAGCUUGGAGAGUGGGAAGAAUCUCGGGCUGAUAGCAUUCGCGCUCUCCUUAUCCGGCCACAAUAUACUAAAGCUCUUUAUCGAAAAGCUGCCUCAAGUAUCAAGCUGGAAAGAUGGGCUGAUGCUGUGAGAGAUUAUGAGUUUCUGCGGCAGCAACUUCCAAGUAACAAAGUGGUUGCUGAAAAUUUAUCCCAUGCCCGAGCUGAAUUAAGGAAGUCACGCAGAAAAGGUAAUUUCAUGGUGGAGUUGGUUUCAGAUCUUGACAAGUUCCGGGCUGCGAUUGCAUCUGGUCAAUCUGUGGUCUAUUUUGAUGAAUUAUCCAACCCAGAAAGCACGUGGAUGUCCUACAUCAUGGAUACCUUGAACGCCAAAUAUCCUUUAGUAACUUUUCUCGAGGUGGACGUGAAACAGAGUCCAGCGAUCGCUACAGCAGAGAAAAUUAAAGUAGCACCUAGGUUUAAGCUUUACAACAAUGGCAGUCGUGUGGCGGAAACGGUUGUGCUAACUCCAGAUUUGUUGGAGUUAUUGAUUAAGAACACCCUCGUACUCCCCCCCAGAUGGUUUGGUGUACGCACAGGUGGAUGGUAGAGCGACAGGUUCGUGAUUGCAGCUAUCCGGACGUCGGCAUUCAUCCGGAGUUUGGUAGGUCCUCAUGCUUCGAGGAUGCUACUGUUUUACAUUCUAGCGUAGUUUUAGAGUUGAGCUAGUGGAGCAUGUUCCA